AAGAUACCUAGAAUCACUAUCUUGUAUUAUAUUCAUUGAAUCGGUUGAAUAAUUUUAAUUUUUAAUUUUUACAAAUUUCUCACUUCAGAGAAGACGAAUCAGAACUUCUUAGGCUACAACUAUCAACUAAAAUGCCAAAGGCAGGAACAGGAAAGAAGCCAGCUCCAGCUCCUUACUCCAAGGCUAAGGCUACGAAGAAGGUUACCAACCCACUCUUCGAAUCUCAGCCAAAGUCCUUCGGCAUUGGUCAAGACAUUCUUCCAAAGACCGACUUGACCAGAUUCGUUAAGUGGCCAGAAUACGUUCGCCUCCAACGUCAAAAGGUCAUCCUCAACCAACGUCUCAAGGUUCCACCAGCAAUCGGUCAAUUCUCCAACACCUUGGACAAGAACACCGCUACUCAAGCCUUCAAGCUCAUGAACAAGUACCGUCCAGAGUCAAAGGUUGAGAAGAAGGCACGUCUCCAACAAGCCGCAGCUGCUAAGGCUGAAGGUAAGGAGGCUGCUGCUUCAGAGAAGCCACUCUUCGUCAAGUACGGUCUCAACCACGUUACCGCACUCAUCGAAGCCAAGAAGGCCAACCUCGUCUUGAUCGCUGAUGACGUUGACCCAAUUGAACUUGUUGUCUUCUUGCCAGCUCUCUGCCGUAAGAUGGGUGUCCCAUACGCCAUCGUCAAGGGUAAGGCUCGUCUUGGUACAGUCGUCCACAAGAAGACCGCUGCUGUCGUCGCUAUCCAAGACGUCCGCGCCGAGGACCAACAAGACCUCGCUGCUCUCGUCAAGGCAUGCAACGCCAACUUCGUCGAGAAGUACGAACAACACAGAAAGACCUGGACCGGUGCUCAAAGAGGUGGCAAGUCUAUUGCUAAGCUCACCAAGCGCGCCAAGGCAGCUGGCCAAGAUGUCUCUAAGGUGUCCACCAAGCUCUAAGCUCUGUCAAUUUGUUGUCAUGCAUGGAACUUACGUUAAUUGAAAUUAGGCUGA